AGCUUAGGCGCCGGCUCACGUGAUGAGGCCCGGAAGCAGCUGCUGGGCUGCUGAGGGCUGAUGGCAAGACCUCCGCGCUGAGGCGGGUUGGGGUGGGCUGUACUGAGGCGGGAGUCACAGCAGGAGCGGAGCCGGAGCCGGAGCCGGAACCCGAGCGCUACCAUGUCCACGCAGAGACUUCGGAACGAGGACUACCCUGACUACAGCUCCACUGAUGUGAGCCCGGACGAGAGCCCAUCCGAAGGCCUGAACAACUUUUCCUCCCCAGGCUCCUACCAGCGGUUUGGGGAAAGCAGCAGCACAACAUGGUUCCAGACCUUGAUCCACCUGUUAAAAGGCAACAUUGGCACAGGACUGCUCGGGUUGCCCCUGGCAGUGAAAAAUGCAGGCAUUUUGAUGGGUCCCCUCAGCCUGCUGGUGAUAGGCAUCGUGGCUGUGCACUGCAUGAGUAUCCUGGUGAAAUGUGCUCGCCACUUCUGCCAAAGACUGAACAAGCCCUUUGUGGACUAUGGGGAGACAGUGAUGUAUGGACUGGAAUCCACCUCCAGCUCCUGGCUCCGGAACCAUGCACACUGGGGAAGGCACAUCGUGGACUUUUUCCUGAUUGUCACGCAGUUGGGAUUCUGCUGUGUCUACUUUGUCUUUCUGGCUGACAACUUUAAACAGGUGAUAGAAGCGGCUAAUGUGACCACCAACAACUGCCACAACAAUGAGACGGUGAUUUUGACACCCACCAUGGACUCGAGACUCUACAUGCUCACCUUCCUGCCCUUCCUGGUGCUGCUGGUUUUUGUCAGGAAUCUCAGGGUCCUGUCCAUCUUCUCCCUGUUGGCCAAUGUCACCAUGAUGGUCAGCUUGGUCAUGAUCUAUCAGUUUAUUGUUCAGAGGAUUCCAAAUCCUAGCCACCUCCCAUUGGUGGCACCCUGGAAGACCUACCCUCUGUUCUUUGGCACGGCCAUUUUUGCAUUUGAAGGCAUUGGAAUGGUUCUGCCCCUUGAAAAUAAAAUGAAGGAUCCCCGGAAAUUUCCACUCAUCCUGUAUGUGGGAAUGGCCAUCAUCACCACCCUCUACAUCAGUCUGGGGUGUCUGGGGUACCUGCAGUUUGGAGCUGAUAUCCAAGGCAGCAUAACUCUCAACCUGCCCAACUGCUGGCUGUACCAGUCGGUGAAGCUGCUCUACUCCAUCGGCAUCUUCUUCACCUACGCCCUCCAGUUCUACGUUCCAGCUGAGAUCAUCAUCCCCUUCUUUGUGUCGCGUGUGCCCGAGCAUUGGGAGCUGGUGGUGGACCUGUUCGUGCGCACCCUGCUGGUCUGCCUGACGUUCUAUCGAUGUGAUGGAUUACAUUCAUUGAUUUUUGAAUGUUAAACCAGCCUUGCAUACCGAGAACAAAUCCCACUUGCUUGUGAUGAGAAAAACAAGAUUCUAGACAGUUAUGCAACUCGUCCAAGCUCACGGAGCUGGUAAACAGCCAGGCUGGGACUGACCCCACCUAUCUCCAGAGCCUGCAUCCUUAUCCAAGAUACAGCCUGCUUCUAGCUGUCCGGGGAUCCACAGUUCUAUAAGGGUUAGAAUGCUAGGAAUCCAUGAUAAGGAAACCAAUGGGAGGUAGCAUCCUUAAUUUCAGAGGAUUUGAUAUUUUAUUUCAAGGCUCCUGUUGGCAGUCAUGAGAUUUGCAGACCUUCCCCCUCUAAAGAAGCAGAUUAGAAAACUUGUCCCCUUAAACCGUGUAGCCACAGCCCCUAAAUACAUGGAAUCUAAAAGCAGCUCUGAUGGACACUCCCCAGAAAUUACAGACUUGGGAUUUUUAAGAGACUGGCUCUAAUUAAAGGAGAAUGUUAUGGAGAGGGCUGCAUCCCAAACAGCCGCCGCUCACCUCCCACACAGUGUGGGGCUUGAGGUUCCAUUUUUAGUUUUCAUAGUCUGCCAGGGUUGAAAGGAUCUGGACCUAAAUUUUGCAAAUUUCAGUUUUUCAAACUUCAAAUUGUAUAAUCGUGAUAUUUUUUGUUCAAACAAAAAGCUUUAUUUGUGGAAUGCCAUCAUCAAGCAUUAGGCCUGCGAUGGAUCUUAUUUGUCACAAUAGUCACGUAGGGUAGGUACUAUUAUGAUCCCCAUUUCACAGAUGAGGAAACUGAGUUUCACUAAAGAAUCAGUAACUUUCCCAAGGCUGUGUAGUUAUCAAGUGGUGGAAGCAGAAUUUGAACCCAGAUAAGUCCAGAGUAUGGCUUAAUACUAUUGGGCUCGUCCUCUGUCUCAUGGGGACCAGAUAGGAUAGAAUGAAAUCAAUGCAAGGGCAUGACAGACAAACGCCUCCCAAAUGGCAGCCAUUACACGCCCACCAAAUAUUUCCUCAGUGCCUGUUCUGUGGUAUCAGGCCUGAUCUUUGAGGAUAGGACACGUGGACCAAAAGCUUUGCCACAUCACUGAAGCUAGUGGGAUGAAUGCUGUGAAGGCCAAGAGGAGAAAUAAAUUACUUCCAGUUGUGGAGA